CGUACACCGCGAGUUUCGAGGGACUCAGACCCCAUUCAUCUCUCCUAUAUGACAUAAACUCUCUGCUCACUGUGUUGUUUUAACAUUGAGAUACACAUGCUAACUACUGCGAUGAUUUCUUUAAAACGAGAAAGAGAGGCAGAGGUAGACGAUGAUGACAAGGAAGAGGGAGUGAUAGCCAAAGUAAGACGAGGACGUGUAGUAGAAGACCGGAGAAGCCGACACUGUCCUUACCUUGACACUAUAAACAGGAGUGUGCUGGACUUUGACUUUGAGAAACUUUGCUCCAUCUCUCUCUCCCACAUUAAUGUUUAUGCAUGUCUCAUAUGUGGGAAAUACUUUCAAGGCAGAGGUCUGAAGUCUCACGCAUACACUCACAGUGUACAGUUUAGCCAUCAUGUCUUUCUUAACCUGCACACUCUCAAGUUUUACUGCCUGCCAGAUAAUUAUGAGAUCAUCGACUCAUCACUAGAGGACAUCACUUAUGUGUUGAAACCAACUUUCACCAAGCAACACAUUGCAGGACUGGACAAGCAGGGUAAACUGUACAGAGCCUAUGAUGGCACAACUUACCUGCCAGGCAUUGUGGGGCUCAACAACAUCAAAGCCAAUGACUAUGCCAAUGUCGUGUUACAGGCUUUUUCAAAUGUCCCACCUUUGCGGAACUACUUCCUGGAAGAGGAAAACUACAGAGGAAUCCGCAGACCACCAGGGGACAUCAUGUUUCUCCUGGUGCAGAGAUUUGGUGAGCUGAUGCGCAAACUUUGGAAUCCAAGAAACUUCAAGGCCCAUGUGUCUCCCCAUGAGAUGCUGCAGGCUGUAGUGCUGUGCAGCAAGAAGAACUUCCAAAUUACCAAGCAAGGUGAUGCUGUAGACUUCAUGACAUGGUUCUUAAAUGCUCUUCACGGUGCUCUUGGUGGCACAAAGAAGAAACCAUCAAUAAUUACAAAAGCUUUUCAAGGCUCCAUGCGCAUCUUCUCCAAGAAACUUCCCCACCCAGAUUUACUACAAGAAGAAAAAGAGGCAUUGCUUCUGACAGAGGAAUACCAGGAGCAGAUGUCUGAGUCUACCUUCCUGUUUCUGACACUUGACCUCCCAACAGCUCCCCUGUACAAGGAUGAGAAGGAGCAGCUUAUAAUCCCACAGGUCCCUCUCUUCAACAUCCUGGCCAAAUUCAGUGGCAGCACAGAGAAGGAAUACAAAACCUACAAAGAGAAUUUUCUCAAGAGGUUCCAGUUGACCAAACUGCCUCCAUACCUCAUCUUUUGCAUCAAAAGAUUUACCAAGAACAACUUCUUUGUGGAAAAGAACCCAACAAUUGUCAACUUCCCGAUCACAAAUGUAGACCUUCGUGAGUACCUGACAGAAGAAGCUCAAGCUACAGAGAAGAACACAACUUAUGAUCUUGUUGCAAACAUUGUGCAUGAUGGAAAACCUACUGAGGGGGCGUACAGAAUACACGUUCUUCAUCAUGGGACAGGGAAGUGGUAUGAGAUGCAGGACCUGCAGGUGAUUGACAUCCUUCCCCAGAUGAUCACACUGUCUGAAGCAUACAUCCAGAUCUGGAAGAGACAAGAGAGUGAUGCCACAAACAACCACACAAGGAUGUAAAUAAGUCAGGUUUUCCAGUCAAAGCUCAGUUUUGUUAUCAUUUGGAAAUAAACUGGGAUUGAGGUAGUUAGGGGGACAAACUAAAUGAAUGAAAGUGGCAAGAGAACAUUGUUUAUAACCACAAGAUUUAAAAAAAAAUGUACAUCUCCAUGUUUUUUUUCACAGUUUUAUCUUUUUACCAAUGGAGGUUUUUGAAUAAACAAGCUCCAAGAAA